GGGUGUGGAAAUAGUACUUGUCCCUGGGUCGUCUUCUUCUUCGCCUCCCGGUCAAAUUACACUCAUGGAUCAGACUUUGACAUUUUCCAUCUAGAAUCUUCUUCGAUCGUCUCGAAGCCAAGCUCAGUUUCCCAACUUUCCGCAUCUCCCUUCUCUCCUCUCAGCUCAGCUAAGCCUCUCCCCGAACCCGCGCCCCGCAAUCCCGAGGUAGGAGGAAAAAGAAUUGGGUUUUUUCUUGUCAUUGUCCAAUGGAGGAAGUUCAAGAGGAGCAAAGUCAACCACUUGCUGGUCAAGAUAGUGAAAAUGAAAUAGUCACGGAAGGUGCUUCAUUUGUGCAUGGUGUGCCACCUCAAGAUGGUGAUAGUCCUCCCAAAGCUGAAUCUGAGGUGGAGGUCCUUCAUGAGAAAGUGACAAAGCAAAUUAUCAAGGAAGGUCAUGGACAGAAACCAACAAAAUAUGCCACAUGCUUUGUGCAUUACAAGGCAUGGACUGAAAGUACGCAGCACAAAUUUGAAGACACAUGGCAUGAGCAGCAACCACUUGAAUUGGUGAUAGGAAAAGAGAAGAAAGAGAUGGAAGGCUUAGCUAUUGGUAUUUCCAGCAUGAAGUCUGGUGAACGUGCAUUAUUACAUGUCGGUUGGGAGUUAGGUUAUGGAAAAGAGGGAAGCUUCUCUUUUCCUAACGUUCCUCCCAUGGCAGAUAUAUUAUACGAAGUUGAGCUUAUUGGAUUUGAUGAGACCAAAGAAGGAAAAGCUCGAAGUGACAUGACCGUGGAGGAAAGAAUAGGGGCUGCAGAUCGUCGAAAGAUGGAUGGAAAUGCUUUGUUUAAGGAGGAAAAACUGGAGGAAGCUAUGCAACAGUAUGAAAUGGCCAUAGCAUACAUGGGAGAUGAUUUUAUGUUCCAGUUAUUUGGGAAGUACAGGGACAUGGCUUUGGCUGUUAAGAAUCCCUGUCACCUUAAUAUGGCAGCUUGUCUGAUAAAGCUCAAGCGUUAUGAAGAGGCAAUUGGGCACUGUAGCAUUGUUUUGGGCGAGGAUGAAAACAAUGCGAAAGCCCUGUUUAGAAGAGGAAAAGCAAGAGCAGAACUUGGGCAGACUGAUGCAGCUCGUGAAGAUUUUGCCAAGGCACGCAAAUAUGCACCUGAUGAUAAAGCAAUUACGAGGGAGCUGCGUCUACUUGCUGAACAUGACAAGGCUGUCUACCAGAAGCAGAAGGAGAUCUACAAAGGAAUCUUUGGGCCGAGACCUGAACCUAAGCCCCAGCGCGCUAAUUGGCUCGUCGUGAUAUGGCAGUGGCUGCUCUCACUAUUUUAUCGCAUCUUCAAGCAUGGAAGGCAGAAAACCGAGUAAUUAGAGGGUUCAAUUAACCACUUGCUAAAGAUCUGUCUGCAUCGCAAUAUGUCUCAGAUCCUCAAUUUUUUGUUUCCAAUUGGAGUGUGCAUUUGUAGUAUUGUAGUUGCUGUUUGCUACUGUUAGGGCAACUAAUCUUUCGGACAUAAUGCGAGGAAUUACAAUAAUACAACUCAUGGCAAUAGAUUUCAGUUGACUUCCUGGCGGCUGAAGAUAGCGAUGAUACAGCGCACAGUUAUUGCAAUUUUUGCAAUUUAAUUUA